CAUUUAAAAUGAUGAAAAAACAUUAAUCUUUAUCAAAAUAUACAUUUAUAAUUUUUUUUUAAAAAUAUUUAAAUAAUCUAAUCUAAAAAUAAUUCACAGAGAUCAUAACAGUGUUUUUGUCCUGUGAUUAUUUAUUUUUGAUUAUUAAAUGCUUAAUAUCUUGCAAAACAUGUACCUUAUAACACUAUUAUUUUUAUUCAUAUUAGCUGGAAAUGCAUUAGAUAAAGAGGGCCAAUGUCCAAUAUUUCAAGUUUCGGAAAAUAGUAAUUCAGUGACAUUUUUGCCUAACAAUGUCCAAAACUCUAAAAACAAAGUUUAUAAAAGUAAAUUGAGAGAAGCAACAAUGUGGCAUAAUUGUGUUAAUUGUGAAGUUGCUUUGUCAAAUCAAAUUAAUCUUGAACUAAGGGCCAGCUACAUCUAUCAAUUAAUGGCAAUGCAUUUUGAUCGAGAUGAUGUAGCAUUAAAAGGUUUUUAUAAAUUUUUUGAACACUCUUCAAUUGAAGAACGAGAACAUGCUUCUAAACUUAUGAAAUAUAUGAAUAAAAGAGGAGGGAAUUUAUUACCACAUGAUAUUCAAAAACCAGAUGCAAGUAAAAUGAAUUGGGAAAGUCCACUAUCCGCUUUAAAGGAAGCCUUUGACCUAGAAUCUCUAGUUUAUACAUCCCUUAGAAAGCUUCAUGACGUUGCCUCAAUCAGCGAAGAUUAUCACUUUAUGGACUACAUAGAAUCCGAAUUUUUCGUGGAACAAGUAGAAAGUUUGAACCAGUUAUCCAGCUAUAUUACCAAGCUUAAGCGGAUGGGUUGCGGCCUGGGUGAAGCUCUUUUUGAUCAAGAAUUAUUAAAAUCUACUGAAUCUCCAUGAAUCCUUUAAUCUGGUUCAUCAUCGCCGGAAUCUCUGGCUACAUUGCCGAUCACUCAAAAAAUCAGAUAGUAUUAAUUUUUCAAAAAUAAAUAAAUAAUCAAAUCAUAAUAGAAUCCUUGCAAUAAAUAUUUCUACUUAGCUUCCCACUUCAGCGCCAACUUUAUAUUAUAUUCUUAUUAUAAAUGAUAAUCUCAAAUAUUUGAUUUAAAAAAAAUAACAUUCAAAUUUACAUUAUACAUAAUUAUGCGUAUUUAUUCAUAUUAACCGGUUUAUCAUUUCUCAUUUAUGCACUUAUACGAUAUCGCACAAUUUUAUUUAUACAUUAAUUACAAUAAUUUAACAUUUUAAAAUUUAAGAAGUAUUUAAUUUAUAAAAAAAAUUUUUAAUCACUUUUUUAGUCUCGUAUAGUUUGUAAAAUGAUAUAAAUAUUUUUUACAGCUGUUUUAUUUAAUUUGUCUAGAAAUAAU